UCGCAACUCAGGACCAAGAAAAUAGAGAGAAGGGGGUAUUUUAUUUUUCGAUUGGGAUAAUUCAAUCAAAUAUGAACAAGAAUGUCUCCGAAUCGGAGCCAUCGACAAGCCGAAAGCGCCCAAGAGAUCAAGAAUCAGUAGAACUCGAAUCAGAAAAUGAUGUCGACAAUCCAAAGGCACUCUCCGGAGAGGAGAAUUAUACUUUCAGUGACACUCUCAUGGCUCUUCGUAUGAUGCAUGCCCAGUUCCCCCAAAUUGCCAAAGUUUCAAUUCAACCUUUUAUCCUGCGGUCACAGUUGUAUAGCAGUAUAAAGGAUAGGACACAAGUUGAUAGGGAAUUAGAGUCUUUCCGAAGGGACAAAGUGUUGCGAAUAUUUAAGUUAAAUACUGGACAGGACGAUCAUGCCAUAAUGUUUUUGGAUGACUACAUAAAACAGAUUGACUAUGUCACGAGAAGGAUGGAAGAAAAAAAUAAAAACGACGGCACAGUUUUUGAUUGGUUUAAAACACAUGUCAUACAACUGAAGCUGGAUACCAGCAUUAGUCAUCAAGAGCUUUGUCAACUACUUUCGUUAGGAGGAACAGUGGAAGAAGAACACAUCUCUAAAUUAAUUAGCGCGGGCCUUAUUUUUCUUUGUUUAUAUUCGAAUUACGGUCGUGCAAUUCUCUUCAAGAUACGACAACUCAUCGACCCAGAUAUGUAUUGGUUCUCAAUCCCAAACAUUGGUUCGGUGCUCAAAGGUCUAUCACAGGGAAGAAAAGAGCUUUUGUCUAUUCUUAACCGAAGGAAGUACAAAGAGAUGAUAUUGGCUUCUUUAGAGAAAAAGCGCUUGCGAUUAUCUCCACUCGAUAUGAGAUUUCACCUGAGGGAUUUGAUUGGCUCGGGCCGCCUCAAAACUAUUCAGUCACCGAGUGGUUUGAUUGUUCGCAUCGCAAAAGAUUGAGUUACGGUUAAAAUGCUUAGUUUUUGGGUACAUUUGAGCAGAAAUGAACAAAAAACAAAGGUACCGAUUUUCUUGAAUUGCUUCAGUAAAGUACAAAAAGAAGAGAGGAAAAAAGAUUUUUACUUUUCCGAACUGUUUGUAGGCUCCUUACAUUGAUUGUAGCAGCUGUGAAAUUUUGGUUCUUGAUGAGUUUGGUGCUUUGAGAUAGUUUGUUUCUAAUUAUGGUUACAAACAAUAAAUCAUAUUUUUCUACAGAGCCUGUGAAAUUUUGGUUCUUG